GCUCAAUGGCGCAGGUGGAUAGCAAUGGUCGGUCAUUGGAUAGGUUGACAAAAAACUUAUUAUCGCUAAGUCUUCCGUGCUUCGAAAGGCACGAUAAGCCGCUAGCCUUAGCUGCAUCUGCAGUCGUUAGCACCCACCAAUCCGCAUUGGGCCCGCGUGGAGGGUCAUGGCCCAAUCUAUUCCAUUCAUGGGAAAGGCUUGUGCCGCAGCAGUGGAGAAAUUAAUAGGCUGGUGAUUAUAAUAUUGAGAUAUUAAUAUUGUCAUAACCGUACCCGGUGUAGCUGCGUGAUGCUGAAGGAAAUGCCAGGAAAUAUUUUAAAAUUUUUAGGAGUCUGAUUUUUGGAAUUACACCUUGUGCUAUUGCUGGUAUUUUUAUAUCAUUAUAGUUAAGGCCGAUAAUGUGAAGGUGAAGGCAUUCAUACUACAUAAUAUUACGUCAAAAGGAAGUCAUUUCUUAAGUACCUAUUUAAAUAAAAUCCCUUCAAUCGAAGAACAAUCAAUCAAGGUGACGUUGUACUAAUCUUCAUACAUGUAACGAUUUUAUCAAUAUGUAUCUGAUACAUGUUAGUUCAUGCCCGCGAAUCUGGCUAUUUGGAUUCCUAAUUAAUUUUAAGAAAUCUAAUACGGAGAACUACUUAUAGAAGUAAUCGCCUUUGGACCAAAGAAUAUCAAUUCACUUUGAACAUUUUUGAGAUUCAUCUAUCAAGGACUUUAAAAUCAUUGUAUGUGGGUACGUGAUUGUGUGUGUGUGUUUGUAAAGUUUUUUUUUAUAUAUAUUGCAUUUCUAAUGCAUUGUCAAUGUAUCCAGGAAUUUUGUAUAGCAUAUAUAACUCAACUCACCUAUCUAAUUCUAUCUUGAACAUGUACACAAACGUCUCUACACAGGUCAUCUGCUAGGCUAGUUUAAGCGAAAGCUUUGAACUUAAGUGGGCAUGCAUCAAGGUUCUACACUAAGCCCACUUCUUUUUAACGUCACGAUGGAUUAUCUUACAAAAGGAUGUCAACGGACUGUACCCUGGAACCUUCUCUAUGCUGAUGCUCUAAUAGCUGAAAAUGCCGCUGAUCUCCAUACGGACUGGAACAACUGUGUGGAUGUGCUAGAAGACAACGUCUUAAAAAUCAAAAGCCAGAAGAUGAAACAUGUGUCAUGCUUGUUUGACAACAAAACUAGGGCGGAUGAUAUUAAAGUCUAUAUAGAGCGUGAUUGUGUGCCAUCAGUCGGUAAAUUUAAAUAUCUUGGCUCCAUAAUUAGUUGUGAUGGGAAAAUUGACAAAGAUGUAGAACUUUAUCAGGCUGGAUGAAAUGGAGACAGUUCACAGGCGUCCUAUGCGAUAGGAAAAUACUACUAAAGGUGAAAGUUUAUAAAACGGCAGUUACACCAGCAAUUUUACUGCUCUGAGUGCUUUGCUACCAAUAAAGCGCAUUUAAAUCUGCUGCACACCGCAGAGAUGUGCAUGUUUCACUGGUCAGGCAUCAAAUGAUGGACAAAAUAAAAAAAAAACUGUAUGUAUGAGGAAGUUGUAAAGUGACCCAAUAUCUAAAUAGUUAACGGAGAAGAAGAAGCAUGAAGUGGUUCGGUUAUGUAAAAUGUCCUGAAGAUCACAGGGUGAACGUGGCCGUGAAAGACUACUUUCCACCUGGCUUCACGACAGCCUAAAAUGACCUGAAACAACUUAAUAUAGAUCCUGGCCUUGCACUCGAUCAUGCACAGUGAAGGAAAUGUACAGGAAACGCUGACCCCAAGAAAAUGGGAAAAAGGUCUAGUGAGAAGAUGUUUCUAAUACAUUAUUAUAAAUAUGUGCUCCACUCUUUCGUUAAAUAUAAAAUUUCAUUAAGGAAAUAUCAUACAUUCCUCCUCCUUUACUAAAAAUAAAUGAAUGACUAAAGCUUGAUCUAUUGGAAGGAUAUUUCCCAAUUCCGCAUGAAUUCAACUGGUAAGACUACUGGGAACAGGGAGAAAUUCAGCUCGCUCGAAAUUUAAACCCGAACUGCUGGGCUCUUGAAGUUAACAUUUGUCCUCUAUUACAUCCAUCUAAACGUCUUUUCAGAAUCAAUAUCUCUUCGUAUUAAAUUCACCAACUUUUUUCAGAGGCGGAGUCGUCAACCAAAGAAACAAACGUACAAAGUGAUUAUCACAAUAAUGAUAUAAUAAUGGGUUGAUUAACAUUAUCUUGACGUUGAGUAUAAAUGCCGAUGAAAUUAAGCAAUCAACUAAUUACCCAUUUUUGUUUUAAAGGGGAAUUGUUUAACAUAAGUGCGCUUAAGAGAAUUACUUAAAAGAAGAUACUUUUCUGAAAACUUAACCUUUAAAACAUAGACACGAUGAAAGUAUUGGGAUUCGUGUUAGCCGCUCUUCUGGCGAGCGUGGCAGCCAACAGUGUAGCGGACCAAAGGGCAAAUGAAAGGUUUGUGGAAGGCAUCGUAGCUGGUGCCAUUGAAGACCUCAGCAACCAGAUCAAGGAGCGAGGACUGGACCCUUUCGAAGCGACGGCAUCAUAUUACCAAAGACUUGCAGUUACAGAUCUCGUCGUCAUUAAAGCUGAAGUCGAAGAUUUUCUUCUCGUCGGCCUGAGCGACAUCAGGGUGAACCGUGUCAGCUACAACAUUCUUCUCUCCAGGGUUAAUUUCGACAUUUCUCUGCAUAGGAUCGCUGCCAGUGUCGCUUCUGCAAGUGCUGAUUUGACUGUUUUCGGCUUCAAAAUUGUGGGAUCUACCAGUGGAAGUCUUGAAAUUAAUAACGUGAGAGCCGCCGGUCAAGCCAGGAUAAGCAUUGGUCUUAGCGGAGUGUCCCUAAGAUCGAUUACUAUCGACGUCACUCUCGGUGGCAUUAAUUCUAAUCUGGAGGUGAACGCUCUUGGCAGAGAUCUAUCUGAGUCUGUGAACAAAUUAGCUGGAACUAUUAUUCCGGAGGUGUUCGAUGAAAACAGGCCUGACAUCAAUAGAGUAUUGGAACACUACAUACUUGAAAUGGCCAAUUCGUCGUAAACACUACUAAAAAAACCCUAGCAAUCAAACAAUUCUGCUAUUACUUAAGUUAUUAUGAUUAGGAUAAUAUUGAAAAGUUUUUGUAUUGUUCUGAAGUUUCUUUGUUGGAUACAUAAUGACCAAGUCAUAUCAGGCUGUGUACUACUUAAACUGCAAUAAAUGAAAAUCUUGAAAACA